GUGUAUGUGAGUGUCUGAGUGAAAAAAUUAUCGAUAAUUUUUAGUGAAAUCUCAUAUAUAUUCUUUGAUUUCGAUACCGUAAGCAACCCAUGACGUUAUUUGAGAUCGCUUCUCAUUUUGGGUGAUGUUUAUUCGUUGCUGCGGCCCAAACAUGAGGAUAACCAAUGUUCGCUAUGGCCGCAUCGUGUUCAUGGCGUCUGCCACCAUUUUGGUUCUUUUCAUGUUCCUCUUAGCACAAUUCAGCCUGCGAGCUUCUGGUGGCAAAGGGAUCAUGGAUAGAGCUAAACAACAUUUUCAUCAUUGGUUUCAGAAAACUGUUUUCAAGCACAAUUGGGAAGAUAUCCACUGUAGAAGAAAACAUGCCAAUGAAACUACUGUAGAAAAGAGCUGGAUUCCUGAAUUGGCUAAACAACUAAAUUUAAAGGAUGGUACCUCUGUGUUUGAUAGCAAUACUGGAUGUAAUGAAUGGCUGACUCUUCUGAGGAAGGAAUACCCGAAACUCAUCAUCGGCGGUGCCCACGCAGAUCAAUACGCCGUGGAUUAUGCUAAAAGGUUGUUCAAUGAUACUCCAGCCACUUUCGGAACCAUUAGCUCUGAUGGAAAACUGAACUUUCUCGGAGAUAAAACACAAUUUUCGCAUGUUAUUAACUAUGGAGGAUUACGACAGCUGGGUGAUAAGGAGAUACAGUGUAAUCUCGUGAGAGAAUUACUGCGCAUACUAAAGCCAGGAGGUUCAAUGUACCUAGGUCACAAUGUGGAAAAGACAGAGUGUAAGUUGAUAGAUAAAUUCGCUAAAAUCUCUCUACCUGGAUGCUACUGGUCAGAAACUUGUCUGAAAAACAGAACUGAUGUCGCUCUAAUUUAUUACAUCAAGGAAAAAGAUCUGUUUGGUGCCCAUGCACAGAUUGACGAUUGUUAUACUGCAGUAUUUAUUCACAAGAAAGUUAUUAUUUCUCAAGGAAAUGAUGGACGCAAGGAACCAGAACCACAUUACCAGCCACACGCAAAUAUGUACUUUUGUGAAACAAAGGAGUCUGGUAACAUUGUCAAUAAACUAAAGGAACUGGCAAUGCGUACAGACCUUGUUUUCCCUGGAAGUCUCAGCAAGGGGUUGGAACUGGCCAAAAGAAUGCAUGAAAAAAUUAAAGGAAAUAUUUCAAACAUUUUACAAUGAUGACCAACUUGAACAUAGUGCAUCUCAAUAUCAAAUUACUGAAAAAUUAGUUUUUCUGUUGUACACAUUUCUUGCUUAACUGUACUUUCUUCUUUUAGCACAGAUAUUUGUAUAUUCUCCAAUAGUGAAUUUCAAGGUUGAGUCAGGAUUUGUAGAUGGGCAUUUUAAAUUCUGCCAUAGUGAUGUCACUACUGAUCAUGAAAUAGUCACCACCCUUCUUAGGACAUUCUCCCUAGACUCCUGAGUCUUGUAUAUAACUUGUAGAUUAAAGAGUCAAUCUUUAAUUGCCUUCUCUUUUCGCUUUUUCUUGAGUCAGAAAAUCACAAUUUUUUUACAUGUCAUUGAUGUUGAGGAGAAUGUCUAUAAUGAUGCCAAAAAGAUGUUAUAGGUCCUAAAUUAAUAUGAUUAGGGCCUGAUGUUUUAACAUGGAAUGUCGUAUUAAAAAACUCAAUCACACUA